AUGCAAGAUAAUCUUGUAUUUUCUGGAGAGGACGCGGAGACCACGGUGAAAAACUUCAUCAAAACCCUCCUGAAGCUGCCGGAGGACACCGUAAAGAACAUCGCCUUUGAUAGAGUCGUUCGCAUCGGCCCCAUGCGGGCUGCGAACCCACCCAGAGAACCUAAACUAAGAAUAAUCCAAAAACCCAAAAAGCAAAAACUAGAAUAUAAUGAAAUAACAAACUCAAAGAACCAAAACACAAACCACUGGGUCGAUGACCCAGGGAUCCUAACAGUACCCCCCCUUAAGGGCUGGCUUCCAGACAGCCCAAACCAGAACACCAAAAACGAAAAACAACCCAACCAGGGCGGGCGGUGGGGGAAACAGGACGGAGGGCUCGAAACAAACCAAACAAGGAGCCAAAAACAAAAAAAGGCCCAAACACCGGAGCCCGGAAAGCAACAUAACAAAACACACAGCCGGCCCGGAGGACGACGGCCCAAGAGUCCAAACCCGGGCAGUUCAGGGGGCCGGCCCGGAGGACGACGGCACAAGAGUCCAGAAAAAAGUUCAGGAGGCCGGCCGGGCGGGAGGCACCGGCGGCGACGGAGCAGGUCAGGAGGCCGGCCGGGCGGGAGGCACCGGCGGCGACGGAGCAGGUCAGGAGGCCGGCCGGGCGGGAGGCACCGGCGGCGACGGAGCAGGUCAGGAGGCCGGCCGGCGGGAGGCACCGGCGGCGACGGAGCAGGUCAGGAGGCCGGCCACGACGGCGAGGACAUCCAGUCAUUGGCCUGGAAAGCGGCCGGACAGGACGUGCAGGACGAGCAGGCUGGACAGGACGUGCAGGCCGGACAGGACGUGCAGGAGAAGCCAGAGCUGGACGAGCAGGUGACGGCGAAGCCGAAGCCAGAGCCGGACCAGGCGACGGAGAAGCAGAAGCCAGAGCCGGACCAGGCGACGGAGAAGCAGAAGCCAGAGCCGGACCAGGCGAGGAUGAAGCCGUAGCUGUAGCCAAAGCCGGACCAGGCGAGGAUGAAGCUGCAGGCGACAGCGUGGCAGCCGCAGGUGGUGGCGACGAAUGCUGGAUGGGCACCUCGAACCCUCCAGCGGAGACGAACAAAGACUGGUGCGGUUCUCCAGAACCCCCAGCAGGAACAGAAGGCUGGACGGGCCCCUCGGACCCUCCAACGGAGACGAACAAAGGCUGGUGCGGU